CAUACCAGUGAAGACAGCAUCGCAUUCCUGAGCCCCCUCCAAGCGAAAAGGCCAAGAUGAGUUUGUCAUACGCUUUCGCCGGUCUGCUAGUUUUGGCUGCGAUGACGUCAGCAGUCACCGCUUCAACGACAACGCCUUGCGUCAACGUUACCCUCAACAACAUCCUCAACAUCAGCAGUUGCUUGGGUAACAGCCUGAAUUUCUGCAGUGGCACAUCAACCAGCGGCUUGGUAACAGGGCUCGUCAAAGUUCUCACGUGUGUCCUGCGAGGCGUCUACACGUACGGCUCACCACAGGGAGUCGUCAAUGCACUGGGACCUCUGCUGGGUCUCAUUGCCAACCGCCUUGUAUUUUCAUCCGUCAGCCUCCCCAUCUUGGGCAACUUGUCGCUGUGCGGCUCAACUUCCUGCCAGAAUUUCUUCCUCAAAAAUGACACCUGCCAAGGCCAAAUCACCGUUCAGCUGCCCGGCCUUCAAAACGUCAGCAGUUGUGUUGGAAACGCUGGAAUGCUGUGCACCGCGGGAUCCCCGACCACCACCAACCAGGUUCAGUCGCUGCUCCAAACCCUGACUUGCAUCCUGCGCCAGAUCCCGCUGAACCAGUUCACGCAAGUCAUCACAGGCAUCGGCUGCACGCUUCUGACAAUACUGAGCUCACUCGCGGGCAACGCCUUCGCUGGGCACCUCGCUGCAGACUGCCCUCGGAUCGUUCAGCACAGCUCUGCGCGUCAUCGUGCCCACCUGUUCUACCAGUGGCUGAAUCGACAACACCUCUCUCUCAUCUGUAGGAGAAGCGGGAAGAUUCCACUCGUCAAAAACUACUCUAUAGCAACUUAUCUCCGCGUAAUCAAGUAUUAUGCGUUCGCAAUAAACAUGGUAUCAAAAAUUGCCUCUCACCCAAUCAUGUUUGAUCUGUGA